UGAAGACAUCCCAUUUAUUGAAGAAGGUGAAACUCAAUUCUUAACUAUAAUAAAUAAAUUCAUAGAACCAAUAUAUUGUUUGAUUGCAAGGGUAUCUGAUGGCAUGAUAAAAUCCAAAGAAUCUUAAUGCUUGAAUGAAGAGAUUACAGUUGGCAGUCAAAAUCACGGAAAUAUCAUAGAACUGAAGAUGGAAAGGUGAUCCAGGAACAAUGGCACACUCUAUAGAAUGGAUCCGAUUCCGCUUCCAGCAGCAACAAACCUACAGUGUCUCUGAAACAACACCAUUGUUAUCAUCUCCAUCAUUGAAUUCUCCAGCCAGGACACAAAAGUCAGCUGGUUCAAGCAACCAAAGAAUUAUCAUUCCAAAUAAUGGAAAGUUUCCCAAAAACUCAGAAAAGCUAAUGAAAAGCUACUUGAGCAACAAAAUAAGAACCACAAAGUAUACCUUCAUCAACUUUCUUCCAAAGAACAUUUUUGAACAGUUUUACAGGUUUGCCAAUAUUUACUUCCUGUUCCUGGCUCUUCUGAACUGGGUCCCAUCUAUUGGAGUUUUCCAGAAAGAGAUAACCAUGUUACCCUUGAUCAUUGUGAUGUCCAUUACUGCUAUUAAAGAUGGAGUUGAAGACUACAAGAGAUACAGAUUUGAUAAAAAGAUAAAUCAAGCGAGGACACAGGUAUUUGAUUGGAAACAGAAGCAGUAUGUUAAGAAAUGCUGGACAGAUGUUCAAGUGGGUGACUUUGUGCAGCUAUUGUGCAAUGAAAUAAUUCCAGCUGAUAUGCUCCUAUUGCACUCAUCAGAACAAAAUGGAAUCUGUCACAUUGAGACUUUUAACCUCGAUGGAGAAACAAACCUCAAACAAAGACUUGCAGUUAAAGGGUUUACAAAUCCUCAUUCUAGUUUUGAACCAGAGAACUUCUACUGCACUAUAACCUGUGAAAGCCCCAACAAUGAUCUCAACAAAUUUGAGGGCAUUAUGGAAAGUCCUGAAAAUAAGAUCGGCUUCAAUAAAGACAGCCUCUUACUUCGAGGCUGCACCAUCCGGAACACUAAAGUUAUUGUAGGAAUAGUUAUAUAUGCAGGUCAUGAGACCAAAGCAAUGCUUAAUAAUAAUGGACCUCGCUACAAACGGAGUAAAUUGGAGAGGAGAAUGAACAUUAAUGUCCUCUGCUCUGUAGUUCUCAUGGUGGUCAUGUGUUUCCUCGGAGCCUUGGGCCACAGUAUUUGGGUUGGAACCUUCCCUUCAUGGCCUCCAUUUGAACCCCCAGAUGACAAUGGCAGCUUCAUGUCAACUGCUGUGUCUGGAUGUUACAUGUUCCUGACAAUGGUGAUACUACUACAGGUCUUUAUCCCUAUUUCCUUGUAUGUCUCCAUUGAGGUUGUAAAGUUGGGUCAAAUAUUCUUCAUAAACAAUGAUAUUGAUCUUUACGAUGAAAGCACCAACACCCGUCUGCAGUGUCGUGCUCUGAACAUCACUGAGGACCUUGGUCAGAUCCAGUAUAUCUUCUCUGAUAAGACAGGAACCCUCACUGAAAACAAAAUGGUCUUCCGUCGCUGCACCAUCAUGGGCACAGAGUUCCGACAUGAUGAAAAUACAAGGCGAUUAUCUACACAGAGAGAGCUGGUCUCUUUUGAUGAAGGGCUACUUUUGCAGAGCACAGACAAUGUGAACAACAUUCAGACUACCAAGCCCCAUCCAAGGCAAAAGAGCAUAAUAUCAAUGCAACAUUCACAAAAUGGACAUUCACAGCAGCAGUUCACUGCCUCCAAAAACUGUCAGCAGUCUGGGAUGAAUUGUAAUAGCUUCUCCACCCAGAGAGUGGCAUUCAACAGCCCAAUAGAGAAAGAAAUCACCCCUGAUGAAGUCUUGCUGAACAGAAUUCAAGAUGCUGUUGUUCAUAUGGACCCGUGGACUCGAAUAAAAGAUGGCACAGGGUUGGAAAAUGCAUGUAUCAUAGAUUUCUUUCUGGCUUUGACAUUAUGCAACACAGUUGUGGUUUCCACAGCAACACAACCAAGGCAACGGGUAUUAUCUCCAUCUUUGUCAAAAGCUUCCACAAUUUCCCAGGAGAAGCUACAGCAGCUACGUCAGAAGCUUAAGCUGUCACGAACAAGUUCCAUUUCCACACCAAAUCAAUCAGACGCUGAUGAACCAGGACAUUUGCGCAAUAAAACAUCACUGACCUCUGAAGUUAGUCUAAAUUCUUCAUAUAGUGCGGACAACAGUGUUGACAGAGAAGAUCACAGUAUUUGUGAAGAAGCUGAUGAAAAUCAAAGCAAUUUAGAGUUCUGCUAUGAAGCUGAAAGCCCAGAUGAGGCAGCCCUUGUGCAUGCUGCUCGAGCUUACAAUUUCACAUUAUGUUCUCGAACCCCCAACCAAGUGACUGUGAAGUUACCUCAAGGGGAUCUUCUCACUUUUGAAGUGUUACAUAUGUUAGCAUUUGAUUCAACAAGGAAAAGGAUGUCUGUGAUAGUCAAACAUCCCGUCACUGAAGAGAUUAUCAUGUACACAAAGGGAGCAGAUUCUGUUAUCAUGGAUUUAUUAGAGGAAUCUGCCAAAGAAGAAAAGCAAAGAAAAAUUAUCCUGGAAACACAAAAGUGUCUGGACAUGUAUGCGAAUAAUGGUCUGCGAACACUAUGCAUCGCAAAGAAGGUCUUGAGCGGUAGUGAAUACAAAAAAUGGGCUGAUUUAAGACGUGAGGCAGAGACCAGUAUUGAUCACAGAGAAGAAUUGAUUCUGGAGACAGCACAACAAGUGGAAACAGAUCUUCAAUUAUUGGGGGCAACAGGUAUUGAGGAUCGUCUGCAAGAUGGUGUGCCAGGAACCAUUGAAGCCCUUCGUGAAGCUGGUAUUUUGAUUUGGGUCCUGACAGGAGAUAAACAGGAAACUGCUGUUAAUAUUGCCUAUGCAUGUAAGCUUCUGAAUUCAAAGGACUUUAUCUUUACUCUAAAUAAUGAAAACCAGGAGACCUGUGAAUCUUCACUGGAUUGCAUCUUGGACAAAAUGAGAAUGUAUAAAGACAUAAAUAGCACCAGAUCCAAUUUAACGAUAGACUUUGCACCCAUUUCCUCUGUACGGAAACCCAGCUUUGGUCUAGUGAUUGAUGGAAAGACUUUGAAUGUGAUCUUCCAUGGAAACCUACAGAAGAAGUUCCUGGAUCUAGUAAAGUGUUGCCAAUCUGUGUUGUGUUGUCGUUCCACUCCUCUCCAGAAAAGCAUGAUGGUCAAGCUAGUCCGAGAUCACCUAGAUGUCAUGACGUUAGCGAUAGGUGAUGGGGCCAAUGAUGUCAGCAUGAUCCAAGCUGCUGAUGUGGGCAUUGGAAUCUUUGGUCAAGAAGGAAUGCAGGCUGUGAUGGCCAGUGAUUUUUCAAUCUCUCACUUCAAACAUCUAAAAAAGCUGCUGCUGGUACAUGGUCACUGGUGCUACACUCGAUUGUCCAAUAUGACCGUUUACUUCUUUUACAAGAAUGUGAUCUAUGUGAAUCUCUUAUUCUGGUACCAGUUUUUCUGUGGAUUUAGUGGGACAACAAUGAUUGACUAUUGGUUGAUGAUAUUUUUCAAUCUAUUCUUCACGUCCCUUCCUCCAUUACUGUUUGGAAUAUUGGAUAAAGAUAUUUCUGCAGAACUGCUUUUGGAGCUCCCCAAACUGUAUAAAAGUGGUCAGCAGUCUGUGGUCUCUAAUCUCUGUAUUUUUGGGAUUAACAUGAUCGAUGCCUUUUAUCAAAGUCUUGUCUGCUUCUUCAUUCCAUACUUUGCUUAUCGAGAUUCAAAUAUUGAUGUCUUUUCAUUUGGAAUACCCAUGAACACCCUGUCCAUCUUUACAAUCCUAGCACAUCUGGCAAUUGAAACCAAAACAUGGACCUGGCUGCAUUGGGGUUCAAUAAUUGGGAGCAUAGCAUUCUACUUUUUUGUUACAAUGGUGUACAGUGCCAACUGUGUGACCUGCAACCCUCCAUCAAAUCCCUACUGGAUAAUGCAACAUCAGAUGACCGAUCCACUCUUUUACCUCAUCUGUCUCAUCACACCAGUUCUAGCCCUGCUACCAAGGUAUUUAUUUCGUAGCCUUCAAGGCACAAUGUCUGCAUCUUGCAUUUUCAAAGCUCAACAACUAGACAAAUUGGACAGGGAACAACGUGCUCGAACCAUCAAACACUGGAAAGGCCUUGACAUCUCAGCAAAUAAUACCUCGUCUUGAACAGGUUCUGCAGAUCAAUCACCAGUUGAAAAUGUCAACCGCCCUUGUACAGUGGGCGAGUAAUUAUGAUCCUCAAUUUAUUUCUUCCAAUCCAGUGGGGAUAGUGAAAAUGCAGAAUUCUGUCAAUAGUGUGUGAAAAUCAGGAGUCACAGGAAAAAGAUACAAAAUGGAACUGAUGAGGAUUCCGGUGAAGCUACACAUUCACAAAUAGCUUUGGAAAAAAGAUAAACUUUUUCUCCUCCCUCUCAGUCAAUGCUAAAUCCUGAAUAAAAGCAGCCCCAAGCCUUAAAAGAA